AUGGUUCUGGACAAGAAUGGUCUCCGCGUCGAUGAUACAACCCCAUCAGUACGCUUUUCUGUACGUAAUCAAGCAGCAAUCAAUGAAGGAAUCGCUCAUUUGAAUAAGUAUGGAUAUACAGUGUUCAGUGAUGUGAUGGAAAUGGAAAGGAUCGAAGAGAAUAAGGAACUGCUGUGGCAAUUUCUCGAAUCCAUACCAGCACCUUACAAUCGUAUACGUCGAAAUCAACCUUCUACAUGGAAUUACUGGCCAGGUAUACGUUCCCACGGUGUAAUAAAUACUUAUGGUAUGGGUCAAUCUGCGUUCAUGUGGAAUAUUCGAUCGAAUCGUCAAAUCAAACGGAUAUACGAGCAAUUAUGGAAUCGAUCUGAUCUUCUUGUCUCAUUUGAAGGUUGUGGCAUUUUUCGAGAUUGGUCAUUCAAUGAAACAUGGAAAACAGAAGAUGGUUGGAAUCAUGUUGAUCAAAAUCCAAAUUCGAAACCCGAUAGAUGUUGCGUUCAAGGAUUUGUUUCUCUUACAGAUCAGAACGAGUCGACAGGUGGAUUGGUUGUUUAUCCAGAAUCCCAUUCACGAUUCUCUGAACUUCGAGGGCUCGGAAAGGGAUCACGCGAUUUUGUUUUCGUUCCUGCAACUCAUCCAAUUUUUGAUGGAGGUCGUGCUAUAGGAAAACUAGUUCAUUGUAAUGCUGGCGAUCUUGUCGUGUGGGACAGUCGUACCAUACAUUGUAAUUCGCCAGCAACAGUACCAAAACAAAAUCAUGGAAAAGUAGAUCUUCUUCGGAUUGUUGCUUAUGUUAGCAUGAGUCCAAUUAAUCUCGUAUCGAAACAAUACACACUUGAUGAAUUUCGUUUCGAACGCGAACAAAUGGUACAAAAUAAUCGUACAUUGACUCAUUGGAGUACUGAAAUCAUUCUAGGAGCAAUGGCAAAUCCUCUCAAUAAGCAACAACUAUCUUUGGAUAAUUUCACUACCUAUCAACGGACACUCAUCUUUGGUACAAUUCCUGAGGACAAGGACGAUGAAAAAUGA